AUGGGGAAGAAGUGGAGAGACGCGGCCGAAAUGGAGCGGGGCUGCUCGGACCGCGAGGACAGCGCGGAGAGACGCAGGCGCAGCCGGAGCGCCAGCCGGGGCAGGUUUGCCGAGUCGUGGAAAAGGUUAAGUUCCAAGCAGGGAUCCACCAAGCGCUCGGGACUCCCGUCGCAGCAGACGCCGGCUCAGAAGUCCUGGAUAGAAAGAGCGUUUUAUAAAAGAGAAUGUGUUCACAUCAUACCCAGCACCAAAGACCCCCAUAGGUGUUGCUGCGGGCGUUUAAUAGGCCAGCAUGUCGGCCUCACUCCCAGUAUCUCAGUUCUUCAGAAUGAGAAAAAUGAAACUCGCCUCUCCCGAAAUGACAUCCAGUCUGAGAAGUGGUCCAUCAGCAAGCACACUCAACUCAGCCCCACAGAUGCUUUUGGGACAAUUGAGUUCCAAGGAGGCGGCCAUUCCAACAAAGCCAUGUACGUACGAGUAUCUUUCGAUACAAAACCUGAUCUCCUCCUACACCUGAUGACCAAGGAAUGGCAGUUGGAGCUUCCCAAGCUUCUCAUCUCAGUUCAUGGGGGCCUACAGAACUUUGAACUCCAGCCAAAACUCAAGCAAGUCUUUGGGAAAGGUCUCAUCAAAGCAGCCAUGACAACUGGAGCGUGGAUAUUCACUGGAGGUGUUAACACAGGUGUUAUUCGUCAUGUUGGAGAUGCCUUGAAGGACCAUGCAUCUAAGUCUCGAGGGAAGAUAUGUACCAUAGGUAUCGCCCCUUGGGGAAUUGUGGAAAACCAGGAGGACCUGAUUGGAAGAGAUGUUGUCCGGCCAUAUCAGACCAUGUCCAAUCCCAUGAGCAAGCUCACUGUUCUCAACAGCAUGCAUUCUCACUUCAUUCUGGCUGACAAUGGGACCACCGGAAAGUACGGAGCAGAGGUGAAACUUAGGAGACAACUGGAAAAGCAUAUUUCACUCCAGAAGAUAAACACAAGAAUCGGUCAAGGCGUUCCAGUGGUGGCACUCAUUGUGGAAGGAGGACCCAAUGUGAUCUCAAUUGUCUUGGAAUACCUUCGAGAUACCCCUCCUGUGCCAGUUGUUGUGUGUGAUGGGAGUGGACGGGCAUCCGACAUCCUGGCAUUUGGGCAUAAAUAUUCAGAAGAAGGCGGACUUAUAAACGAAUCUUUGAGAGACCAGCUAUUGGUGACCAUCCAGAAGACUUUCACAUACACUCGAACCCAAGCUCAGCACCUGUUCAUCAUCCUCAUGGAGUGCAUGAAGAAGAAGGAAUUGAUUACGGUAUUUCGGAUGGGAUCAGAAGGACACCAGGACAUUGAUUUAGCCAUCCUGACAGCUUUGCUUAAAGGAGCCAAUGCCUCGGCCCCAGACCAACUGAGCUUAGCUUUAGCCUGGAACAGAGUCGACAUCGCCCGCAGCCAGAUCUUUAUUUAUGGGCAACAGUGGCCGGUGGGGUCUCUGGAGCAAGCCAUGUUGGAUGCCCUAGUUCUGGACAGAGUGGAUUUUGUGAAAUUACUCAUAGAGAAUGGAGUAAGCAUGCACCGUUUUCUCACCAUCUCCAGACUAGAGGAAUUGUACAAUACGAGACAUGGGCCCUCAAACACAUUGUACCACUUGGUCAGGGAUGUCAAAAAGCGAGAAUAUCCAGGUUUCGGUUGGAUCUAUUUUAAGGGGAACCUGCCCCCAGACUACAGAAUCAGCCUGAUAGACAUCGGCCUGGUGAUCGAGUACCUGAUGGGAGGGGCUUAUCGCUGCAACUACACGCGCAAGCGCUUCCGGACACUCUACCACAAUCUCUUUGGCCCCAAGAGGCCCAAAGCCUUGAAACUGCUGGGAAUGGAGGAUGAUGUUCCCUUGAGGCGAGGAAGAAAGACAACCAAGAAGCGUGAAGAAGAGGUGGACAUUGACUUGGAUGACCCUGAGAUCAACCACUUCCCUUUCCCUUUUCAUGAGCUGAUGGUGUGGGCCGUCCUGAUGAAGCGGCAGAAGAUGGCCCUGUUCUUCUGGCAGCACGGAGAGGAGGCCAUGGCCAAGGCCCUGGUGGCCUGUAAGCUCUGCAAAGCCAUGGCCCACGAGGCUUCCGAGAACGACAUGGUUGAUGACAUCUCCCAGGAGCUGAACCACAACUCCAGGGACUUUGGCCAGCUGGCCGUGGAGCUCCUGGACCAGUCCUACAAGCAGGAUGAGCAGCUGGCCAUGAAACUGCUGACGUAUGAGCUGAAGAACUGGAGCAACGCCACAUGCCUGCAGCUCGCUGUAGCUGCCAAGCACCGUGACUUCAUCGCACACACAUGCAGCCAGAUGUUGCUCACGGACAUGUGGAUGGGCCGGCUCCGGAUGCGCAAGAACUCAGGCCUCAAGGUCAUUCUGGGAAUUCUACUUCCUCCUUCAAUUCUCAGCUUGGAGUUCAAGAACAAAGAUGACAUGCCCUAUAUGACUCAGGCCCAGGAAAUUCACCUCCAAGAGAAGGAGCAAGAAGAACCAGAGAAGCCCACGAAGGAAAAAGACGAAGAGGACAUGGAACUGACAGCAAUGUUGGGACGAAACAACGGGGAGUCCUCCAGGAAGAAGGAUGAAGAGGAAGUUCAGAGCAGACACCGGUUAAUCCCCCUGGGCAGAAAAAUCUAUGAAUUCUACAAUGCACCCAUUGUGAAGUUCUGGUUCUACACUCUGGCGUACAUCGGAUACUUGAUGCUCUUCAACUAUAUCGUGUUAGUGAAGAUGGAGCGCUGGCCUUCCACCCAGGAAUGGAUCGUCAUUUCCUAUAUUUUCACCCUGGGAAUAGAAAAGAUGAGAGAGAUUUUGAUGUCAGAGCCAGGGAAAUUGCUACAAAAAGUAAAGGUGUGGCUGCAAGAGUACUGGAAUGUCACAGACCUCAUAGCCAUCCUUCUGUUCUCUGUUGGAAUGAUCCUUCGUCUCCAAGACCAGCCCUUCAGGAGUGACGGGAGGGUCAUCUAUUGUGUGAACAUCAUUUAUUGGUACAUUCGUCUGUUAGACAUCUUUGGCGUGAACAAGUAUUUGGGCCCAUAUGUAAUGAUGAUUGGAAAAAUGAUGAUAGACAUGAUGUACUUUGUCAUCAUUAUGCUGGUGGUGCUGAUGAGUUUUGGGGUCGCCAGGCAAGCCAUUCUGUUUCCCAACGAGGAGCCAUCAUGGAAAUUGGCCAAGAACAUCUUCUACAUGCCCUAUUGGAUGAUUUAUGGGGAAGUGUUUGCAGACCAGAUAGACCCUCCCUGUGGACAGAAUGAGACUCGAGAGGAUGGUAAAAUAAUCCAACUGCCUCCCUGCAAGACAGGAGACUGGAUCGUGCCAGCCAUCAUGGCCUGCUACCUCCUGGUGGCAAACAUCCUGCUGGUCAACCUCCUCAUCGCUGUCUUUAACAAUACAUUUUUUGAGGUAAAAUCAAUAUCCAACCAAGUGUGGAAGUUUCAGAGGUAUCAGCUCAUCAUGACUUUCCAUGAAAGGCCCGUUCUGCCCCCACCUCUGAUCAUAUUCAGCCACAUGACCAUGAUAUUCCAGCACCUGUGUUGCCGAUGGAGAAAACACGAGAGUGACCCAGAUGAAAGGGACUAUGGCCUGAAGCUCUUCAUAACUGAUGAUGAGCUCAAGAAAGUACAUGAUUUUGAAGAGCAGUGCAUAGAGGAAUAUUUCAGAGAAAAGGAUGACCGAUUCAACUCGUCCAAUGAUGAGAGGAUACGAGUGACUUCAGAAAGGGUGGAGAACAUGUCCAUGCGGCUGGAGGAAGUCAACGAGAGGCAACACUGCACGAGGGCCUUGCUCCAGACCAUGGACAUCCGGCUGGUGCAGCUCGAGGACCUCAUCGGGCGCAUGGCUACAGCCCUGGAGCGCCUGACGGGUCUGGAGCGGGCCGAGUCCAACAAAAUCCGCUCGCGGACCUCCUCAGACUGCACAGACGCAGCCUACAUUGUCCGCCAGAGCAGCUUCAACAGCCAGGAGGGGAACACCUUCAAGCUCCAAGAGAGUAUAGAUCCUGCAGGUGAGGAGACCUUGUCCCCAACUUCUCCAACCCUAAUGCCCCGUAUGCGAAGCCAUUCUUUCUAUUCAGUCAGUGUGAAAGACAAAGGUGGGAUAGAAAAGUUGGAGAGUCUUUUUAAAGAAAGGUCCCUGAGCCUGCACCGGGCUACUAGUUCCCACUCUGUAGCAAAAGAAUCCAAAGCGCCUGCAGCCCCUGCAAACACCCUGGCCGUUGUUCCUGAUUCCAGGAGACCUUCUUCAUGUAUAGACAUCUACGUCUCUGCCAUGGAUGAGCUGCACUGUGAUAUAGACCCUCUGGACAAUUCCAUGAACAUCCUUGGGCUGGGAGAGCCCAGCUUUGUGGCUCCAGUACCUUCCACAGCUCCUUCAAGCCGUGCCUGUGCAACUCUUGCACCCACAGACAGACCUCCAAGCCGGAAUAUUGAUUUCGAGGACAUCACCUCCAUGGACACUAAAUCUUUGUCUUCAGACUGUACCCACCACCCGGAAUGCCACAACCUGUGGGACACUGACCCUCCAAUGUACCACACCAUCGAGCGUUCCAAAAGUAGCCGCUACCUAGCCACCACCCCCUUCCUUCUAGAAGAGGCCCCCAUCGUGAAAUCUCACAGUUUUAUGAUUUCUCCCUUGCGGAGCUAUUAUGCCAACAUUGGGGUGCCUGUGAAAACAGCAGAAUACACGAGUAUUACAGACUGUAUUGACACAAGGUGUGUCAACGCCCCUCAAGUGGUUGCUGACAGAGCCACCUUCCCGGGAGGUCUUGGAGGAAAAGCGGAGGACUCAUCAUGCUGCCAUCCCGAACGAGAAGCAGAACUGAGUCACCCCAGCUCUGACAGUGAGGAGAAUGAGGCCAAGGGCCGAAGAGCCGCCAGUGCAAUGCGCCCCCAGGAGGGUGAUAAUUCAGGCAGAACCCUGUCCAACAACGUCACAGUUCCCAAGCUAGAGCGCGCCAGCAGCUACUCGGUAGAGGAGCCACGUCUGCCACAUGCACACGCCAGGAAGAGCUUCUCCAUCAGCGACAAGCUCGACAGGCAGCGGAGUGCAGCAAGCCUGAGAGAUUCCUUCCAGAGGAGUAAGUCCUCCAGGCCAGAGGGCCGAGGGGACAGUCUGUCCAUGAGGAGCCUCUCCAGAACAUCCGCUUUCCACAGCUUUGAAAGCAAACACAACUAA